AUGUAUUCGCUUGCUGGGUCUUGUAAUUUUGGCUCAAACAAUUGGUGUUUGAAGUUGCAGCCGGUACACAAUGGUAUCCUUACCUCUGUAAGUAGUGGAGAAGUUCACCUGCUUGGUCUGGAUUUAUCUAAACAGGAUAGUUUUAAAGUUGGUGAGACAUCCAUCAAUGCUUUGAGUAGGGUGGAUGGCCAGGAGAACUUGUUUGCAGCCAGUAAUGGAAAUAAAGUAAAGGUAUUUGACUUGCGAGAAAACAAAGAAGUGGCCACAUUGGAACAAGAAAAUGGUGCAAAUGUACUAUCCUUGGGAUCUGGGCAUGGUAUGCUUGCCUAUGGUAGCGAACAACAGGGGGUAGAUGCCCACUUACAUCUCUUUGAUAUUAGAAACUGGAGCAAGCCCGUAAGAUCAUUUGUUGAUUCUCAUCAGGACGACAUCACCUCUAUUGCUUUUCAUCCUGCAGAUGCUAAUGUAUUGUUAAGUGGAUCAACAGAUGGCUACACUAAUGUCUAUGACUUGUUAGAACCUGAAGAAGAAGAUGCACUGCAUCAGGUGAUAAACUAUGCGUCAAUUCAUUCAUGUGGGUGGCUGGCUCCACGUCGUAUAUUUACAUUAUCACACAUGGAAACUUUUGCUAUCCAUGAAUUGAAUGACAAGUCGGAAGAGUUGCGAGAACCACAGCCAUUGGAUUUCGGAGAUAUCAGACAACCAUGGGAUUGUAACUAUGUGGUAGAUAUAUACCCAGGUUACAUAUCUGCCGGUGUUUCCGAAGAAGGUAAAGGUGCUCUAAGAAUAAUCCCAUUCAGAAAUGAGCACGUACAAGCAAAAGACACCAUAACAAUUUCGCAAGCCCAUGGAGAUGAAAUCGUCAGAGACACAUAUAUACUACCUUCUCAAUCAGAUAUGUUAUACAGUUGUGGAGAAGAUGGUCAAGUAAAGGCAUGGAGGAACGAUAUUAAAUUAGACAUUCCAGAGACGUUUUGGGAUUACAGUACGAAAAUGAGUCUGCUAUCAGAUGAAGUACCGGAAGUGCAAUUGGAGAAACAACCUGUAGAGGUGAUAGCUGAUAAGUCAGAAAAACGAAAGAAUAAGAAAAAGAAGAAACAUUCGAAGAAGAACAGAUUCAAACCUUAUUGA